CUCACCCCUUAAAUUGGUGUUCCGAGGCUGCAGCUUCGGUUGGCUCUGCCAAGGUGCGCGGUGUCCCUGGCCUUAGUGGUCUCAUCUGAAGUGCGAUCCGGAGCGCGAGUGCCCGCUGCGUGUCACACCUGCGCAUCCCAAAGUCCGACUUUCUUGGGGGCGGUUCUCGGGGAGGCGGCGACUUUGCCAACAGUCGGGACGCAAGGGACAGGACCGUGGCUCACCUCAGAACCUCUGAAGCUCGGUUGAACGGAGAACCGCAGCAAGACCAUUUCGGAGUCACCAAGCUGGAGCUGGAACUGGAGUUUCGUGGGACCCAGGCCGCGGCUGCUGGGCAGCGGCUCCUCCAGGCGGAGGCCCCGGCCGGGAAUAAGCCGGAGACGGUGACGGUCUCCCGGCCAAGCGGCAGCGCCGCGAGCGUGCUGCGCUGGUUCACCACCGUGAUCCUGUAUGCGGCCUUCCUGGGGCUGGUGAGAGCUGGGCUGCGACCCUCCCAGGCCCUGGCGAGCAGGCGCCCUGCAGAGCAAGUGGCGCAGGUGGAGUCCGAGCUUUGCCAUCUGCGCACUAUGUGACCUUGGGCACUUUAUUUUAUCAGCCUGGGCAUCUGUUCGGUCAUCUGCAAAAUGGGCACAAUUCGAAUCAUGGAGGGUUAUUGUCAAGCGCAAAAUUGAUUUUCUUAAUGUGUUUUCCAACUGAGUAACCUUUCCUACAUCUCCUAUUUGAGUUAGAUACAAGAGAGGUUGCGCAGGUCUUUAGCGGCUGCUCUCCGCAUCCACCCACUCAAGGCCAAAAUUAUUAUGCAGAAAGCUGCUUUUCUGGGAUAUCCUCUUCUAAGUGUCCUGCUCAGAGUCAACUCACCUCUUAAUUUUGAGGAUAGGGAAACAGGCAAAGAGGAAAGUGACUUUUCCCUUAUCAAACAGCUGGGAAUGUGUAUCGGUAUACUGGGACCCACCUUUCAAGAUUUGGCAAGAAAUGUGAACAGAAAUAUCAGCAGUCUUUCUCUCAUUUUUGUGGGCCGUGCCUCCGGAUAUUUGUGUGGCUCUAUGAUUGGUGGAGUUCUUUUUGACUAUAUGAAUCAUUUUUUACUUUUGGGGAUGUCAAUGUUAGCUACUGCAGUUGGUCUUUUUCUUAUUCCUUUUUACAAGAGAGCAAUAGUAAUGAUCAUCAUGAUGUCUGUCUUUGGUGCUUCAGGGAGCAUUGUGGGUAUAGGUGGUAAUGUCCUCAUCUUGGAUAUUUGGGGGGAUGAAGGAGCCCCACACAUGCAGGCCUUACACUUCAGUUUCGCCUUAGGUGCCUUUCUGGCUCCACUUCUGGCUAAAUUGGCCUUGGGUACCACAGUGUCUGCUGAAAACCACACAGAGCCUGACUUUCAGCCUCCAGCCACCAAUGGAUCAUCUGAAGCUGACUCGGCCUCUCUGUUUGGAUUGCCUGAUAACAUGAAUCUCCUGUGGGCUUACGCUUUUAUUGGAACUUAUAUCUUCAUAGUGUCUGUCUUCCCAUUUGCUCUGUUUUUCAAGAAAAGCUCAAGGCAGGAAAAAUCAAAAGCAUCUGCUCAGGGAUAUAGAAGAGCUGAAUAUCACAAGAGCCUUCUCUGCUUCCUUUUCCUGUUCUUCUUUUUUUAUGUUGGAGCAGAGACAACAUAUGGCUCUUAUGUUUUCUCCUUUGCCACCACCCAUGCCGGCAUGGAAGAACGAGAAGCAGCUGGGUUGAACUCCAUCUUCUGGGGGACCUUUGCAGCCUGCAGGGGCCUGGCAAUCUUCUUUGCUACCUGUCUACAGCCUGGCACCAUGAUUGUGUUGAGCAACAUUGGCAGUCUGGCUUCAUCUUUGCUUAUGGUGCUUUUUGACAAGAGUCCACUUUGUCUCUGGAUUGCCACUUCGGUGUAUGGGGCCUCAAUGGCAACCACGUUUCCCAGUGGUAUUUCCUGGAUUGAACAGUACACAACCGUAAGUGGGAAAUCUGCAGCCAUUUUGGUAGUUGGUGCUGCCCUGGGAGAAAUGGCUAUUCCUGCAGUAAUUGGAAUUGUUCAAGGACAAUACCCAGAUUUGCCCAUAGUUCUGUACACCUGUUUGGGGUCAGCAAUAUCCACUGCUGUUAUAUUUCCUGUGCUGUAUAAAUUAGCCACUUUGCCUCUGGAUCACCAGCAAAAAGCAAACAGAAAGAUUGAGAACUAAAAGACUUUGCUUUCCAACUCUGAGCUAAAUGACUAUGAGGAGGAAAAUGAAGGGGAGGAUGUAGAAAAAAUGAGAUGAAAUGGAUUUUGAAGUGGUAGAAAUAAAUGAUAAAGUAAGAUAUUCUUUCAUAGAGACAUCUGGAGAUAAUUCAAUGGAGCCCAGAGCCCAGAUGUUUCCAACCAACCACUCUCAAAUGCAUUGAUGUUUGGAUCUUCUCCAGUUAAUCUGGCCAUUCCCCUCUGAAGCAUCUUGCCAGAAACCAGGAAAAAAGGGACUAACACUUAGAGGAGAUGAAUUAUUUAAGAUUGCCUUGAAUAAAUGCCACCUCUAACCAGGUCAUUCAGAGGAAAGCAUUAGUAGAUUUUUAGCAUGCUUUGGGGAUCAAUUUUUAGGUUCAUUAAUAGCAAAUGCUGAAAAGUUUUUAAAUGUUCUCUAAAAGCCCGAGUCUUCCAGAAACUAUCAAGUGAUGAUAUGGUACAGUAGGAAGUUGUCAUGAGACUAGUGUUUAGCAUGAGGUUGAUUAGGUAAUACUUUAUGGUCUCCACCUUUCAGAGCAGAGAGUGAAGCCAUUUGUGUUUGAGAACUUGGGUAGUAUUCUAAUAGAGCAAUGAAUUUGCUGAGGAGGAGUGCAAUGGAUUUGCUGAAUAAAUUAUCAGAUAGUCAUCUUCUUCCUGGGAAUUUGGGGAGAAUAGUGUCUUUUAAAAGCAUCUUUGGAAUCAGCAGAUGUUUUUAUUAAUUGUUUUAAUCUUAUCUAUAUGGUUAGACAAAGGAAUGCUAAUGAUUUAUUUGAUUUUUGAUUUCUAUAAAGAGAACACAGAACAGAGCCCAUGAGACCUGGAUUCAAGGUGUUUUUCAGUCUACCAGCACUACACUGAGGCCUGGUUUAUAUCAUGUCCUGAUUUAUGAUUCUUUUUUGGGGGGGUACCAGGGAUUGAAUUCAGGUGCACUUGACCACUGAACCACAUCCCCAACCCUAUUUCACAUUUUAUUUAGAGAUGGUGUCUCACUGAGUUGCUUAGCACCUUCC